CCUGAGGACAGACGGGGACAGGUACCUGGAUGCUGUGCCUGGCCAUGGGGCUUGGUGGACAGUCCUUGCUUCUGUCUCCACUGUGGCUGCUGCUGACCUGGGUCCAGCCUGGGACCAGUGUGGAGCACAUCCACUACGUGCCCCGGCUCUCGGGCGCCACCCUGGAAGGGAAGCUCACCCAGUCCACCUUCACGCUGGAGCAACCACAGGGCCAGUUCAAUCAUACCAGCAUCUCUGACUUAGACCCCAUCUGGCUGGUGGUAGCCUAUAGCAAUGCCACCCAGAACUUCGUUUCCCCACAGAAGAAAAAGGACAUUCCUGUCCCGGCCAACUUCAUCCAGAAAGGCUACUAUUUCACAAUGCCAGCCAACCGGCUGCGCUACCCAAGCGGCCCAGCCAGCAGCCAGCUCCGCAUCCUGCGCAUUGGCAAUGAUACCCACUGUGCCCCCUCGGAAGAGGGCUGCAACCCUCCCCUGCCAGACUCAGGACCCUACAGGGUGAAGUUUCUGGUGAUGAAUGACACUGGACCUGUGGCUGAAACAGAGUGGUCUGAUGAGACCCGCCUGAAGCAAGCCAAGGCAUUCGAGGCUGUCCCAGGGUUCCACAGAGAGGGCACUGUGGUCAUCAUUGUGAUCCUGUCCAUCCUGCUGGCCAUCCUCCUGGUGGUCCUCCUUGGCCUGCUGUAUAUCUGCUUUCACAGCUGCGGGAGAACUCACGUCUCCAGCCCGGGUGAGCAGGAGCGCAUGAGAAGAUAUAACACCCACCACAUGUGCAGCCCGACGGCCGAGGGGGGCUCCUGAGUGGCUCUGGGGCCUCCCAGCUGCCCUUUGGUGACCUCUCUGUUCUGGACUGUAGGGCCCGAGCCGGCCUGAGCCCUGCAAGAGUUACUCUUGCCUCCA